AUGUCUUACCAACAGCAGCAGUGCAAGCAGCCCUGCCAGCCUCCUCCUGUGUGCCCACCCACAAAGUGCCCAGAGCCUUGUCCUCCUCCAAAGUGCCCAGAGCCUUGUCCUCCCCCGAAGUGCCCAGAGCCUUGUCCUCCUCCACAGUGCCCAGAGACAUGCCCCCCUCAACCAUGCCAGCAGAAAUGCCCUCCUGUGCAAUCUCCUUCACCCUGCCAGCAGAAGAGCCCACCCAAGAGCAAGUGA